AAAGGGGCCGCGACCUGAAGUUUUCCGUCCACUCUGUGGCGGCUCUCCAGCUCCCCUCCACCUCCUCCCACCGUGGACGUCCUCAGAUUGAGUUGGAGAGGGGGGACCCCGGUGUGGUGUCCUGGGAAAGCUUGGAAAGGGGGACCUUGCAGAGACACCCACCACCUCCUCCUGCGUCCCCGGGGCUGCUGAAUCACCGGCGAGGAGUCUGCAGGUGCUUGAAUGAGCCCGACGCCAGCCUCUGCCCCUGGGUGCCCAACGUAACAACAAGGAUCCCACUGGUCGCCCCUGGCAUGCCCCACCAGCCUUCACCCUGAGUUGGCAGCCCCCACCCCUGCCAGCCGUCACCCUGCACUGUUCCGGCUCCCCCGAAGUCCCCACGCUGCAGUGCGGCCAAGACCCCUCCCCACGGGGGCCACCCCCACCAAGUGCCCCUGGUGCCCGGGGUGGCCCGGCCCGUCGGGCCAUGAAGCUGCAGGCAGUGAUGGAGACUCUUAUUCAGAGGCAACAGAGAGCCCGGCAGGAAAUGGAGGCUCGACAGCCUCCACUACCCCCGCCACCGGAGCCCGCUGGUGUCCAGGCUCGAACCACCAUGACAGACGAGGACAGGGAGCCUGAGAAUGCCCGUAUGCAUAGGACGCAGAUGGCUGCACUGGCUGCCAUGCGGGCUGCUGCCGCUGGCUUGAGACAUCCGUCCUCUCCCGGGGGCUCGGAGGACGAAGACACAGCCCAGGGAGGGACUCUGAGUUCACCUGCCCUGCAUGGAAGUGGCCAGGAGGGACCGGGACACACUGAGGGAGACGGCCAUUUGAUGGACAUGGGCUCCGAUGAUGACACGAAGCCCAAGUGGGAAGAACAAGAGCUGGAAGAACUGGGGGAGGAGGAAGAGGAGGAGGAGGAUGAAGAUGACUUUGAGGAAGAGGAGGAGGAUGAGGAGGAAGAAGGCCUGGGCCUCCCAGAGUCUGCCAGCCUGGGCUCCGCAGGCCUGUUUACCCGCAAGGCCCCACCUGCUCAGACCUUCCGUGGAGACGGUGGUCCCAGAAUGCUCAGUGGCCCUGAGCGCCUGGGACCUGGCCCGGCCCACCCCAGUCAUGUGACAUCCCAGAUGCCACCACCGGACCAUGGGGACUGGACAUUUGAGGAGCAGUUCAAACAGCUCUAUGAACUGGACGCAGACCCCAAGAGGAAAGAGUUCCUGGACGACCUGUUCAGCUUCAUGCAGAAGCGGGGCACUCCAGUGAACCGGAUCCCCAUCAUGGCCAAGCAGGUCCUCGACCUGUUCAUGCUGUAUGUGCUGGUGACCGAAAAGGGCGGUCUGGUAGAGGUUAUCAACAAGAAGCUGUGGAGGGAGAUCACCAAGGGGCUGAACCUGCCCACCUCCAUCACCAGCGCUGCCUUCACACUUCGGACACAGUACAUGAAGUAUCUUUACCCCUAUGAGUGUGAGAGGCGAGGCCUGAGCAGCCCCAAUGAGCUCCAGGCUGCCAUAGACAGCAACCGCCGGGAGGGCAGGCGCCAGAGCUUCGGGGGCUCGCUCUUUGCUUACUCACCCAGUGGAGCCCACAGCAUGCUGUCCUCACCCAAGCUACCGGUGACUUCUUUGGGCCUUGCUGCCAGCACCAAUGGCAGCUCUAUCACCCCAACACCCAAGAUCAAGAAAGAGGAAGACUCAGCCAUCCCCAUCACAGUCCCAGGCCGCCUACCCGUGUCUCUGGCAGGCCACCCUGUCGUAGCAGCCCAGGCAGCAGCUGUGCAAGCUGCAGCAGCCCAGGCUGCAGUUGCGGCCCAGGCAGCCGCCCUGGAACAACUCCGGGAGAAGCUGGAAUCCACGGAGCCUCCGGAAAAGAAGAUGGCCCUGGUUGCGGACGAGCAGCAGCGUCUCAUGCAGCGAGCCGUGCAGCAGAGCUUCCUGGCCAUGACAGCCCAGCUGCCCAUGAACAUCCGGAUCAAUAGCCAAGCCUCUGAGAGUCGCCAGGACCCAGCUGUAAAUCUCACCAGUGCCAAUGGCAGCAACAGUAUUAGCAUGUCCGUGGAGAUGAACGGUAUUGUAUACACAGGGGUGCUGUUCGCUCAGCCACCACCUCCUACGCCACCUCCCGCCUCCAGCAAAGGUGGUACCAACAACACCAUGGGUAACCGGACAGGAGCCAGUGGCAGUGCUGGCAGCAGCGGCCAGGUGGGGCUGGCUGGGGUGUCUGCACCCACCAUGUCUUCUACCUCAAAUAACUCCUUGCCUUAAAAGGAAACCAAGUUGCAUGGCUGCCCACCCGCCACAGGGACCACAUGGCCACACAGGGGGACCUGGGACGUCAGAAGAAUCCCAGUGGGCUGGGCAGAUUCCUAAGGAGCCACACUGACGCCAAAAAGGAGAGAGAGAGAUAGAGAGAGAAAGAGAGAGAGAGAGAGAGAGAGAGAGAGAGAAAAUAUAUAUAUAUAUAUAUACAUAUAGAAAGAGAUAGGUAGAUGGAGAAGCAGAUCUAAUAAAUCAGGGCAAAGCAAA